AUGGCUCAGUCGGCAGGGGUCUGGGCUUCUGCUGGUUGGGUCACAAGUUCGACUCCUACUGGAUAAUUUUUUUUUUUCAUUUUUUUUUUUGUUUUGCCAAAUUUUGAUCUUUUUCCGAAUCGAAUUUAUCAUUUUUUUCCGGGGUUCAGGUCGCCCGAACAUAAUUAGCAACUGGCCGUUGGAAGUCAUGUCUGCGGCAUGGCUCAGUCGGCAGGGGUCUGGGCUUUUGCUGGUUGGGUCACAAGUUCGGCUCCUCUUAAAUGAUUUUCUCAUGAUUUUUUUCUGCCGAACCGAAUACAUCUUUCUCUCCAGAUCUCAGGCCGUCAAAAGCCAUGUCGGCGGUAUGGCUCAGUCGGUAGAGGUCUUGGUUCCCGCUGGUUGGGUUGCAAGUUUGACUCCUCUUAGUUGAAUAUGCCACUUUAUUUGGUUCAUCCUAACCUUUUAUCCGAAAAUUCACCCAUUUAAUCUUAUUGAAAGCUUCAUCGUGUAUUUAAUCAUUUUCCACUCCAUUUUCAAGUUUCUCAUGCUUUCGAGAGUCGUUUCGGCGGCAUGGCUCAGUCGGCAGAGGUCUGGGUUUUUGCUGGGUGGGUCACAAGUUCGACUCCUCUCCAGUGCUUUUCCCUCGAUUUUUUGUUUGCCGAAUUUUUCGCGGAUUUUCUUUCUUCAUUUAAGUUUCUUUGUUUCCUUUACUAUUUUUUUUUUUGAGGUUAGAAAAAAAUUGGUUUUCUGUUACCAGAGGGACAAGAUCUAUAUACCCUUCAAAAAAAAAGGUCAAUCGUAGAUAGCAUGCUUUUCGACUUUUGAGGGUCCAUAACUUUGUUCACAGAUGUCCUAGGCAGUUUUUAAGACCAGAUUUGGAAACAGCGUGAAAAACUACGUCUAGUAGAUUGGGUCUCAUUUCGGAGUCCCACUGGAGUCCGUUCCCUGGUCCGUUCAGGUCAAUCUGAGUUCUGUAGAUGCUCACCUAACAUCUGAAAGAUCUCCAGACCCGACUUUUGCCGCUCUUUCCUUCCAACCAAACAACUUGCCAAGUUCAAUCUGCCCCUCGUCAUUCCUCAUCCCAUCUCCUUCAAACAGUCACAACAAGUCGACGCCGUCGCAAACAAUGACAACUUGUAG